AUGCAAACUUUAACCCAAGAUAGGCAACUUUUGCAUUCUAAUGUGCAAGCCGUCUCUAAGUUAGAGUCCCAAUUGAGUCAAUUAGCUAGCACGUUGUGUGAGCGAGAAAAGAACAAGUUCCCGAGCCAGCCUGAGGUGAACCCGAAAUUUCCUCUUAACCAAAGACCCCCGAAUAAUGUGCAUGCGGUCAUUUCUCUUAGGUCGGGUAAACAAGUUGAUACCCACGUUGGUGAGAACCUUGGUAAGAAAGGGGAUUCGACUUCUACUCUAAGUCCACCCAUUACUACCAUUAAUCAUGACAAACCCGAGAGUUCAAAAGCCCGUGAGGAGUCGAGUGACCCAAACUCGGAACCGAAUUCCGAGUUGCAAAGUGAAGUAGUCUAUAAACCAAGAGUCCCGUACCCACAAAGACGUAUUUCACCCAAGCAAUCGGCUCAAAUGGAGAAGAUUUUGGAAGUGUUUAAGCAAGUCAAGGUCAACAUACCCCUUUUAGAUGUUAUUCAACAAAUUCCUUCAUAUGCUAAGUCUCUUAAGGAGUUAUACACCCAUAAGAGAACCAACCAUGUCCCUAAGAAAGCUUUCCUUACAUCUCACAUUAGUUCGAUUCUCUCAAACCAAAUUCCCGUGAAAUACAAGGACCCCGGUUGUCCUACAAUUUCAUGUGUAAUAGGAGAAGCUUUUGUGGAUAAGGCGCUACUUGAUUUAGGCGCUAGUGUUAAUCUCUUUCCAUAUUCUGUCUACCAAGCUUUAGGUUUAGGGGAGCUCCGACAAACCAAUGUCACACUUCAAUUAGCCGACCGAUCCGGGAAAAUUCCUAAGGGAAUGAUUGAAGAUGUUCUAAUUAAAGUACGCGACUUUGUGUUUCCCGUAGAUUUUGUCGUCCUAGAGACCGAGCCGGAACGGCUUAAUGAAGCUAACAUUUGGUAA